AAAUUAUCAUGGACAUUUUAUAAUCCAGAAAUUGCUUUUGUUACUAUAUGCGGUUCUUUCGCCGAAAGUAUCCAGUUUAUCGAGUCUAGGAGGUUUCGUGGGAAAAGGGUGUAAGAACUCUACCAUCCACAAGGCAUUUCGUCUCGGUGCGUUGCGAGGACGUAUGAUUUUCCGGGGAGUGGGUCUGAUCCAGCGAAAGUACAGGUAUAUAUAUACAGGCGAUCACCAGACUCAGGUGCAGUGUUCACUACCUCAAGCCAGCAUGAGCACCCCACAGAGUGUCUUCGUAAUUCUCGCCCUGCUGGCCACGGCGGUAUUAGCCGCGACGAAGGAACCUGAGAAGAAGGAGGCUGAGCCUAAGGAUGCCAAAAGCAAGCGUGGUCUGGAGCUGAGUCUGGGCGGCGGUCAUGGGUUCGGAGGUGGUGAAUUUGGCGGUUUCGGUGACUUGGGUGGACACGGUGGAUACGGAGGAGGUGGCGGUGGAUUUGGCGGAGGUGGCAUUGGAUUGGGAGGAGGCGGCGGAGGAUUCGGAGGAGGUGGCGGCGGCGGCGGUGGCGGUGGUGGUGGCGACGGUGGACGGAUCUCUUCAAUCACUAUACACAGAGAAGUCUCCGUAGCAGUUCCACAACCGUACACAGUAGAGAGGAACGUUCCGGUUCCUUAUCCUGUUCACGUCAAGGUCCCCGUUGAUAGGCCAGUUCCUUAUCACGUACCAGCGCCGUAUCCUGUGCCCGUUGAGAAGCAUGUACCGGUACCCGUUGAAAAACACGUUCCAGUACCAUACAAGGUACCUUACAAUGUGCCCGUCAAAGUGCCGUACCCGGUCGGUGUUCCCGUAAAGGUACCCGUACCUGUCCAUAAGGAGGUUCCGUACCCAGUGAAGGUCCCGUAUAUCGUGAAGGAGUCGUAUCCUGUCUUCGUUCAUGGCCAUGAAGGUGGUUCCUUCGGAGGCGGUGGUGGCGGUGGAUUUGGAGGCGGCCAUGGUCUGUCUGAUUUUGGUGGUGGAUAUCAUCACUGAAUCAGUUCACUUAUGUAUUUCUUUUGUAUAACUGUAUAUACGAGUACGAGUGGUUCGGAUACAGGAUCAGAAAGAAUAGUAUUAUAAUUUUGUCGAGAAUAUGCUUGCGUGAUUUUACUUGAAAUGAAUUAUGGCAAGAGAUAUAUUGUGACGAACCCGAGAAAAUUGUAUACGAAAUGAAUACGUACAUAUCAAUUGUGGUUUGGCUUCAAGAGAGUUAUUGCACUUAUUUUUUUUUUGGAAAAUUAUAUGAACAACGUGGGGACUCAUUGUUUGUCUGGAUUAUAUGAGAUACGACUAUGUGAUAUUUUUCCGUAAUAAAAUUAAAGUGUUUAAUAAUUAUAA